UCUACGUGUCUCGAGGAUCAGUUCCGGUGUGACAACAGUAAAUGCGUGGCUCUGAGCAUGCGCUGUGACGGGACCAACGACUGUUAUGAUUGGUCCGACGAAAUGAACUGUGCAGAUGACGAGGACUGCCCGUAUGGUCACCGGCGCUGUGCCAGCGGUCAGUGUAUCCCCGAAUACAAGUGGUGCAAUCGCUGGCCCAACUGCCCCGACCGCUCGGAUGAACAAGACUGUGAGCACCCAUGCCCGUACGGACAGAACCUUUGCAUGUGUUAUGACCAGAUGAUGAGCUGUGAGGGCAAAGGUUACAGGCAGCUUCCUAUCCCUAACCCGCUGGAACAGAUAAACAAACUACAACUAAGUGGGAACAGGCUGGCUUUGAACUCUACCACCUUCAGCGGGGCAGGCAAACACAUGGACAGUGUUGUGUAUCUGUAAGUGAAAGUUGAAACUGCUUCAUAACCAAUUGAUUUGUAUUUUUGUAUCAUUC